GAGGUAGCGCGGGUCGGGACUCACCUGGAGUGGGCGUGGCGCUGGGUAAAGUCAGGCUGACGGGGGCGGGGCUUAGUAAGGAAACACAGCUGCCCGGGUCCGACGCUUGCAGUGGCCGACGCGCAGGGACAAGUAGUGAUACCGUGCAGUUUGGGCUUCCGCGGAUCACGUGAUCAGGAGCGAGUGACGCAGUUUUUACGGCAAACGGUAACCCCGCUAAGGCGGAGAGUAGACACAGCGAUGGCGGCUUGGCUCCGCGGGCUCCUCGUCCUCUUAAUUCCCUUAGCUUUGGCGGACACCGAGCUGCCCUGUGACGGUUACGAGGUGACGGAGGGUUUCGGUCUGGAGGAUGUAGAUGCGCCCUCUCAGUUUGGAGUGAAGCUGCUGGAGCCCGCUGAGGAUGUGGAGGACGAGCAGAAGUGCUGGAGCCGCUGCUGUGACAACACAGCCUGUGACCUGGCCUCGGUGUCCGCCGGGAAGUGCUACCUGAUCCGGUGUAACGUCCUGGGCUUCGACAUGUGCGGCCUGACCCAGAUGGAGGGCGCUAGGACCUACAAGAAGCAGAACCUCGGGGUCCAGCCCACACAGCACGAUUUCUGCCUGCCAGAAAAGAAAACCGGAGAUUGCCGAGCAUUUUUCAUAAGAUGGUGGUACAAUCCCGAGACUGAGACCUGUCAGAACUUCACCUACGGAGGUUGUCCUGUGAACCUGAACAACCAUAUGGGAGAGGAAGAAUGUAUGCAGAAAUGUCAAGGUUUAAAAGCUGUGGAGGUCAGGGAUGCUGAAGGGCCCAGUAAACGUAUGGUGUCCGCCCUGUCUGUUCCAGACUACUGCUCGGGGCCUGGUGUGACUGGCAACUGCCGAGCUUCUUUCCCUCGUUGGUAUUUUGACGCAGAAUCCACGUCCUGCCAGCUGUUCACCUACGGCGGCUGCGGAGGCUCCAAAAACAACCACCUGUCUGAGCAGGAGUGCAUGGCCAAAUGCGUGGCGCCAAAACCAGAACCUGAGAAAGUUCACGCUCCCAAAAAAGGAGAUUUUGCAGAGUACUGCGCUGCAUCUUACUUUACUGGACCUUGUCGCGCUGCCUUCAAGAGGUGGUUCUAUGACCCUACAUCAAGCUCAUGCAAAACGUUUGUGUAUGGCGGCUGCGGUUCCAAAAGCAAUAACUACCUCACUGAGGCUGACUGUAUGGACAUGUGCUCAGGACGCACAGAAGACGAUGACUUUGCCGAUCACAGCAUCAUGCAUCGCUCUGUGACUGCUGUGGUGCUGCCCAUCCUGCUUGCCCUCCUGGCUGCCACAUUGAUUGGCAUCAUGAUCCUGUUCUUCGUGAAGGUGGCAAGGAAGAAUCAAGAGACUGCAGGUUUCCGGGCCAUGUGGAACCCUAUUGAUGACAAGGAGUGCCUUAUGAACAGCGCAUACAGCCUUUAAGAGAGUAAAAAAAAAAAAAAAUCUAAAAGUAUGAACACUCCGUUUUAUACCAAGGCCUAUAAUAAAACUCCUAUGCUACUGCUAACAUAUCUCACUUGGUUCUAAUUGGAACUCCUCGGGGACCAAGGUUUCCAGCAAAAGAAUUUGCAUUUUCCCUUCAGUAACAAAACCAGAAAUCAUUACUUGCCUUCAGUUACAGCAAGGGGUUACAUUUUAGAGCGGACUCAUCAGUGAAAUAUAAUGUAUAUUCUAUUUUACAGAUAUAGAAAUUUUCUUAUCGGUAGUUUUAUCUGAACAAUAAGUUGUAUUUUACGGUACUUGAUUUACAGGUUUCCUGAACUCUAAUGACAUGUAUGUAGCUUCUUAAGGUUUCUUUAGAUAGAUCUUCUCCUCAAUUGUCACUCCGUUCCUUUGGAGUAGGGUCUCCUCAGAGCAAGUGUAUAAGCCCUGUAUGUUCUGGAAGAUAUGUAGGCCGCAGGUGCCUCAAGGAUUUAUUGCAGGUUCUUUGAGCUGGUAUUCUGCAUGCGGUUGGGUAAGGGUGCCUUCAAACGCUGCAGAUUUUGUUGCAGAAAUUUCCGCGACUGAAACGUAGGGAGUGAUGAGUAUCUUCCAGACCCCUAUGGUUCUGCUUGGACAAGAUGUGAUAAUCACAUUUACUCUGUUCUCACCAUAGACUCUGGUCUAGAAGUUAGCAGUGUCUGACUAGUCUGUGGGAUCUCACGUUGGAAUGUACUUGAGUUUUAGGUGGGUUAUGGGGCAUGUCAGGUUAGUCCUCUGCUUCCUGGAAACUGGUACAAAUGGACUGAUGGCCACUCCAGCCUAAGGUACUGAUAGUAGGGUCUUGUGUGGUAAUGGUGAACUAGACCUGGACUCUGGACAAGAAGUCAGGACUUCUUGGACAUGUGUUUGCAACUUGAAGCCACACUGUAACCUAUACACUUACUGAAGGGAAUGGUACUUUACUAAACUGUGAUCAGAUGACCUGUUGUAUAUAGUACUACAGUUUUUAAUCAGGGUGUACAUUACACAUAAGUAUAGAACAAAGGGCGUGGUUGGUAAUCUCUAUUCCUGACCCCUGUAUGAUGAUUAGUGGCUGCAUCUGUCCACUUAAUAAUGGUCAUGACUUAAAGGCACCUUCGGGGCAGUUUUUUUAAUGAUUGCAUUUUACUCCUCCUCCUCAUAAACAUGCAUUAUAGCUCAACUAUUAAACUGGUAACAAUAUGGCUUAAAUGAGUGUUUGAGGUCAGGAGAUCAGACAUAAGAGCUACACAUGAGCUGUCAGUUGUUGGGACUGAAAAAGUAAUGCACUCAAAAAUGGCUGAAUAUUUUUAAUAAAGACCAAUUUUUAUUUUAUUUAUUUUUUAGCCCAAAAUGAGUAAACUGCAAUCCUAAAACAAACUGCCCCGAAGGUGUCCAUAGCCUUUAAAGGGGUUGUGCCAAGUUUUGGUAUCCCACUAUCUACAUGAUAGGGGAGAUAACUAACUGAUCAUUGUGGGUCUGAUCACUGGGACUGGCACUACUCCUGAGAACAAGGGUCCCAUACCUCUGUCCUGAUGCUCCAUGCCACUCCAUUCAUUCUCUAUGGGACUGCUGGAGAUUGACGAGUGCUAGACUCUGCUAUCUCCUGCUUUCCCAAACAGAUUGAUUAGAGCACUGCGAUACAUGCAUGACCUGCCGCUUCAUCAGGAAUCCCAUUCUCGGGAUCAGCAAUCAGGGGAUAACUUUAAAACUUGGCAUGACCCUUUUAAUGUAGGACAUUACCUCCUGAAGCGCUCCACCCUCUCUACUACUUGACUGUUCCUACAAGUAAAUCUGCACAGUAGUUUUAAGAGUUUUCUUUAAAUGUCUAUAAGGUUGUUGUUUUUGUUUGUUAUAUUUUUCUGUUUUUAAUAAAUCGGACACCUGUAUUCUGAGCCUUUCUUUAUAAGCUUUGAAUAAAAUCUUUACAUACAGAA